AUGUCUGUGUGUCGGGACCUGCGACUGUAUCUCCGGUUCCUGAAUUUCCUCGGCUUGAUGUGCUGGCAGUUCGAAACGGAACGAUGUCUGCUGCAAGCCUCGCCCGAAUGUGAACGCUUUGCUCUGCUUUAUACCGUCGUAAUGCUCUCGGGCACAACGGCUGCCUUUUCGUUUGCGCAUUUGCAGCCCCAACGCUUUCAUUUAAAGAUUUACAAUCGCACUGGCAACUUCUAUGAGACGGUCAUCUUUCGCCUCUUCUGCGUUGUCCUGUGGCUGCUCUACCUGUGCCUCUACCUCAGGCGUCAUCGGCAUAUGGCGCUGGUGCAGUCUCUGCUGACAAUCAAUCGGAAAUUUGUGCUCGGUAGUGCGGAUCGGCAGUUCCUCAACAACUUCAUACUCUACGGCGCUCUGUCGGUUAUCGCCUCUGUCAAUUACCUCAAUGGCUACAGUCGUUCGGGUGUGGAUUCCAUUGCCCUCGUAUUGAGUGUGCUGGUCUACACGUAUGGCUUCCUGGUACUCUGUCUGCUGCUCGUGUUCUUUGUGUGCCUCAAGCAGAUCGUGACAGCAGGUUUGACCCACUGCAACGAGGAGCUGCGCCAAGGAAUAUCCUCUGACUCCAUUGAUGUGACACCUGUUUUAUGUGGCAGACAGCAGCUACCUUCGCUCCGUGGCAGACAGCAGCUACCUUCACUCCGUGGCAGACAGCAGCUGCCUUCGCUCCGUGGCAGACAGGAGAUUCUGGCAUUGUCCGAGGGAGAACUCAACGAAUGCUUCGGUCUGCUGCUGCUGCCCAUUGUGGGUCUGGUGCUGCUCAUCGCACCCUCGGGUCCAUUCUAUUUCAUAAGCACCAUACUGGAAAGCAAAUUUGGCCCAGCCGAGUAUCUGCUAAUGGCCUUAACAUCCAUCUUCUGGGAUGUGCCCUGGUUGAUAAUGCUGUUCCUAAUGUUGCGCACAAAUGGCAUAACAGUGGAAGCAAAUAAAACGGCAAAGAUAUUGGCAAAGGUGCCCAGAACUGGAACUGGCUUGGAUAGAAUGAUUGAAAAGUUUUUACUCAAAAACCUGCGACAGCAACCCAUUCUAACAGCCUACGGAUUUUUUGCUCUAGAUAAGAGCACUUUGUUCAAGCUCUUUACGGCAAUAUUCACGUACAUGGUCAUUCUGGUUCAGUUCAAGGAAAUGGAGAACUCUACAAAAUCAAUCGACAAAUUUUGAUAACUUACCGAAUCAUAGGUUAAGCAUCCCGUGGCUUUUGAUCUAUAGUUUUUGCGCCAUUUUCUGUAUUCAGCUUUGAUAACGGCUGAAUGACGUUUCCAGUAUUUGCCUUCAAGCACAACGGUCUGUGUGUGUGUGUGUGUGUGUGAUACAUAUAGAAAGAAGAAAAGACAGAAAGAAAGAAAGAAAGACAGAUGUGUUGUUAAUUUUUUAAUCACAAGUAAAUAUUAUACAGAUGCAUACAGAGUAGUGUGUGUGCACUAAACUUAAUUACGAUUAAAGCUAAUCUGUCCCAGAGAUAACCGCAGAGACACAAGGGAGAGAGAGAGGCAAUAAAUGCCAUCCCCCACCACAUACCUUGCACAUUUCUAAUGAUUCCUGUUCCUAUUCUGAUUGAUUCUAAUUUCGAUUGCGAUGCUUGCAGCGGCGUGUACUUUGGCGAACUGAUUUGUUUGCUCGAACCCAAACAGAGAAUAAGCCACAAGCCCAAAAAUUCUCCACCAUGGAGAGCUUUCAUUACGAACGUUUUUAGUUGUUGUUGUUAACUUUUCGCUAACUUGGCCAAAUAAAAACAGCU